AUGCUGCACGGCUUAUUUUACGGAAAUGGAGCUGUCAGAUUCAGUAACGAAACGCUAUACAACAAUUGUGGUAUCGACAAAUCGCCUAUAAAAGUGGUCUACGAGGGAAUGGCCAAAAUCGAAACUUAUCCUUGGCUUGGAGUUCUCUAUUAUCCAUCAAAUGAUACGUUGUACACCACGUCAGUCGUGCUCGUGACCAAACAGAUUGUGAUUGCAUCCGCGAUGGACAUCGACAAAUUACCUAAACGAGAUUUCAGGUCUCGUUCAAGGAUAAUACUCGGACGUAAUUGCUCUAAUCCCGGCAUAAAAGUGAAAGACUACAGUUUUCAUCCGGAUUUCAAGCAGACUACAUACAGCACACCAGCUCUGAUACAACUCGAAACGAAUUACUUAAUGACGUAUUUGCACCCGAUAUGUGCGCCGCCGAGAGCGCUGGUGAAACCGCUGUUCUACGUUAUGACGAUCGAUGACUGCAAGCGUUCCGCUAUAAAAAUACACAAAAUGGCUUACGUAGAUCCUGAACGAUGCAAAACCUUCUACAGGAAAUCGGAGUUGGAUGUGGAAAAAAUGUGGCCUAUACAUACGGUAUGUGCGAAAGCAUUGACAGGCACCGAAUGUAUCUGGCGCAGCGGAGCUGUGCUGGCUCUGAGACAGAAUAAUAAAUGGAGCUUGGUAGGUUUUGGAAUUUAUGGCCCAGGUUGUAGAGCGCCAUCUAGGUUUUUGGAAUAUUCACAAUAUAGACCAUGGGUACGAAAUAGUAUUGCAGGAAUUGGGAAGCCUACAGUAUCAAGGAUAUCUAAGAAUCAUAUUGUUCUACGAAGAAGUCUUUCAAAUGUCCAAAGAUAUGGACCCUGUGAUAUUGAGGAAGUAAAGGCUGAGCUAUUUACUGAUCGUACUGUUAUUGAACGAGGACCAAGUAAAACGAGCCAUCGGUUCACAAUCUUCUCCCACUAUGAAUAUUCAUGUAUUGUCUUUCGAGUGUUCAAUUAUAAAAGACAAAAGUGGUUUAAAGAAAAGCCAAGUAUUCGUAUCAAGCGUUGGUGCCAAUCUCCAAAGCCAAUUUGCUAUACGUUUCAAUUCCUCCAAAUAGAUUUUGCAGUGGAAAUAUUCUUCAAGGAUUCAGUGAUUUAUCAAGUGAUGGCGUAUGGAAGGGAAGUGAGACUCAUUGAUAUGAAAAAAGUUAUGGUUCGAGUGAAUGAAAAAAAAACAUUUCCCGCUCAUGGUUCAGAAGAAUAUGAAAAAGUGAGAACGGUAAAGAGCAGUCCGCUCGGCGAAGAUAACGAAAACAUAAUUGCGGCCCUUCCACAACACCGACACUCGGGGCUAAAAGAUAGGACGUCACUCUGGGAUCGUGGACGCGUCAGGUCUGAUAAGGGUAGAGACCUCAGCCGUGCCACGAGUGUAGCAUAG